UCCGUCUAUAUAUCCUCCAUUACCGCACAUCAGAGUUGAUCAAAAUAGAAUAAACUGAAUCGACGGUCUAUAAGUAAAGGUGGCAUACAAAUAUAGACAGGGAGCAGGGAACGCUGCGAGAGAAGCUCCAGUGGGAACUGGGAAGUGACCGUUUGCGAAACCCGAGGAGUCUGUCGCCGUCGAUUACAGAAACUGAGUGGUGGUGGCACAGUAAGCACCAACCUCCACUGUUCAAGGAGAUCACACAAACUCUCUCACACUAACACAGAGCCGCUACUCUAUCUCUUUCUCUCUCUCUAUUGAUUCUGAUUUCCAUUUGUAUCCGUCUUUGAAUCCUGUAACUUCCUCUCGAAAGCUACUUAAAGGAGCCCAAUUCCGACCUCUUGUCCUGGGCGGACUCUUGUUUGGCAAUGACAUGGUAGUGUCAUUUUAGCUGGUACUAUUUGGAUUUGGUUUUGAAUUCGGGUAGUGUUUGGAUGAUGGAUCCACACGCAAUGAUGAAUGACGGGUCCUACAAUUUAGGGGAGAUCUGGCCGUUUCCCAUCAGUGGCGGUGGUAUUGGACAGGCGGCGAUGAGGAGAGUUCAGUUUGGGCUGGAGCAGUUUGGGGUUUCGGGUGUUAGUGAUCCGCUGAUGGCAGAGCCGAGAGGGCCUAAUAGUGGAGGUGGCGGCGGGAUUUCAAGGAAGCGGCGUGAUGCGGAGGAUGAGUCGGCGAAGAGCGUCUCUACUAGCAAUGGCAACGGCAAUAGUGUGAAUGAUUUUGAAUGCAAUGGGAAACGGCGUAAAUCAUCAGCUUGUAGAGACGAGACUGGUGAAUCAAAAGCCAAAGCAGAAACCAGUGGUGGGAAGGCUUCAGAAAAACAAAAUACUCAACCUCCAGAACCACCCAAACAAGAUUACAUCCAUGUACGAGCUAGAAGGGGUCAAGCCACUGAUAGCCACAGCCUAGCAGAAAGAGCUAGGAGAGAAAAGAUUAGUGAGAGGAUGAAAAUUCUUCAGGAUCUGGUCCCUGGUUGCAACAAGGUUAUUGGCAAAGCCUUGGUCCUCGACGAGAUUAUUAAUUACAUACAGUCGUUACAACGUCAGGUCGAGUUCCUCUCAAUGAAGCUUGAAGCAGUGAAUUCAAGGACGACUCCUUUAAUUGAUGCGUUUCAUCCUAAAGAUAUCAACGGGGCCUUACAGUUUGCUCAGCAAACAUUUGAUACUGGUGGUAUGGCAUUUGGUUCACAAGCUACAAGGGAAUUCAACCGUGGUUCUUCUCCAGAAUGGCUGCAUAUGCAGGUUGGAGGUGGUUUUGAGAGAACAACGUAAUCCGGCCAACCCUUGUCAAUCAUUCAUAACGCCAUCGAGUGACGAUGCUUCUUUCCUCAGUGUUUGUGAAAAAUCAUACCCCUAUAUUUUAAGUCAAACGGAAACCAUAUUUCUACCUUCGACAUCUGACAUGAAGCUGUGAUUGCUGUCUCAAAGUUGAUAUCUUAGCAUCUUCUUUUGUAUGUGUAUUAAAAAUCAUUCUUUUACCGGAUGUUUCCUGUGGCAGGCUUCGUGACCUUGUCUGUUGUGAUACCUGAACAGAACUGAAGAAACAAGUGGUAUUCUUCUUGUAAAAGAAUGAUACUGAUUAUAAAUUUCCUAUUCUUAUACUACAUCAUAUGCAGACUUUGCUC